GUGCGGCAACCGCCUGGUGACAGGAUCCAGCGGAACAAGGUCAUUCUCAAACGCUGAGCUGGAUGGCCCAAGAAGCUCUCCCGCUCGUGUCCAAGCACGUCGAGGAUGCUGCCACCAAGGCCGAAGUCGGCGGCGCGCCGCGACACCGUCUCUUUGGGCUGGCCCUCGUCGCCAUGUCGGCCUUCACGUUCAGUCUCAUGUCGGCAGCGAUCAAAUACGAGUCAUCGUACAUGUCGUCGAUGGAGACGCUCUUUUGGCGUGCCGCCGUGGCGUGGGUGUUCAACCUGAUUCUGGUGGUCGCGACGCAGACACAGCUGCACGUUUCCAGCGAAUUCGUCAAACCCCUGGCGUUUCGCUGCAUCAUCGGGUUCUUCUCCAUGUCGCUCACGUUCUGGACGAUGUCGCAAAUGGUGUUGGCCGACGCGAGCUGCAUCAUCUUCACGAGCCCCGUCAUGGCCUUCCUCCUCGGCUCGAUUGUCCUUGGCGAGCGCAUCAAGCCCGUCGACUUUGCGCUGGCCAUCAUGUGCUUUGGGGGCGUCGUCUUUGUCGCCCGCCCUGCGUUCCUGUUUGGCGACCAAGCUGCGGCCGCGGGUCCAUCCGUCCACGGGUCGAAAUUUGCCGUUCUUGGGGGCCUUGGUGCGGCGGCGUGCCAAGCGUCCGCGUACGUCGCGAUUCGACACAUCAAGGCGCUCAACUUCAUCGUGGUCAUUCACUACUUCAUGCUGGCUUGCUCGGUGAUGGCAGCCGCAUGGGUCGUCGGAAUCGAGGGGGGAUUUUCCGUGGACCUCCCAUCCAAAGUGUGGUGGCUGUGCGUCAGCACAGGCGUGUUUGGGUUCCUUGGCCAACUCUGCAUGACCAAGGGAUUCCAGCUCGAGAACGUCGGGAUCGCGUCCGUGAUGCGGUACCUCGAUAUCGUAUUUGUCUUUGUGUGGGACGUGAUCCUCCUCCACGAAAAGAUCAGCGUGUGGAGCUUCGUGGGGGCUACAAUUAUCCUGUCGUGCGCGAUCGCGAUCGCCAUCCGCAAGGCCCACCACACUCCCUGAGCUCCCCCAUCCCUCGUCUGAGCGAGUUGCAGCUGCAGAUGCACUUGUAAUUACGUCCACCUUCCCCCAUCCAAGCGUGGAAACGGUUGUUUGGCACACCACCAACUCUAUCGCAUGCAACUAACCCUUCGUGUUACAAAAGGCACAUGCGCGUCG